AAACCAACCCAGCGAGUUGAAUGAAAGGCAUAUUAGGAUAUCUUUUGCACUUUGUAUAUAUCCAAGGUAUAUCUUCCCACACAUUCGCACCAGCAGCAGUUGCCCCAGGAUGGUCCAGGCUCCAUCCCACAUAGACGUCUGAUGCUAAUCAAUCAUUGAAAAUACUAAAAGAAACAGGUCACCUGCAUUGCUUGCAGCAGAGAACAGAGAUAUGUGAUUGGAAUAGUGUAAGAACAAGUGAUUUACACUGUCUAUAGCAAAAUGAAUAUUUCUGGAAGCAGCUGCGGAAGUCCAAGCUCCACAGAGAGCAUUGCUCCUGGUGACUUAUUUAAGGAAUUGUGGACAAAGCUGAAGGAAUGUCAUGAGAAAGAGUUGCAAGAGCUUCUAAUGAAAAUUAACAAGCUGAAGACGCAGAGAUGUUUGGAUGCCCAGAGACUUGACGAGUUUUACACUAAAAACCAACAGCUAAGAGAGCAGCAGAAGGUGCUUCAUGAUACCAUCAAAGUUCUUGAAGACCGGUUACGAGCUGGGCUUUGUGACCGGUGUGCAGUAACAGAGGAGCAUAUGAGGAAGAAGCAACAGGAAUUUGAGAAUAUCAGACAACAGAACAUGAAACUAAUCACAGAACUUAUGGAUGAGAAGAACACAUUGCAGGAUGAAAAUAAAAGGCUUUCAAAACAACUUGAGCACACGCAGAACGCGGCUGAGUCAAUGAAAAAGAUACAUGAAGACAUUGUGGAAGUUGAUGGUGAUGAUGGUAUAAUCCCUGAUUCACCGGUCAGUUCUUUUCCACAAAAUAUGGUCAGCAAGAUGCGCAGAAGGAAAGCAAACAAACAUGUGCGGUAUACAGAACACACACAGGAUGAAUCCAGUACAACUGCAUGUGUAAAUAGCUCUGGACCAAGAUUAUUUACUUCCACCCAGGUAAAUACAGGAAAAGGAGAGGCCAUCUUGGUUGCUGACACUUGUGCAUUGCAGUUAUCCCCUCUUCCUACAGCAAAGCAGGAAGUAGGAGAUUUUACCGCUGAGAAGCCGGUCUUUAAUCUAGCUGCUGUAGUAGCUGAGACCCUUGGCCUUGAAGCUCAUAUAGAAGAAUCUCAAUCCCAGAGUGUACUUAACAAUCUAAGGACCAGUGCAGGCACUGUUCAGGUGCUUAGUAAGCAUGAGGAGCACUCUCCAAGACACAGUGAGUUAGAAUUCACUGAUAACAUUCAAAGUAAUCCACGUGAAUUGGAAUGGGAUACGCAGCAGGAUUCUCCAGUAUUUGGCUUGGCCACUUCUACAACAGAUACUAGAACUUCUCUUCACAAUCCUAUCUCUACGAACUCUGUCAUUAGCCAAUGCUCAGGCCACAAACAGCAGUCUGUGAACAGAAGCCCAAAUGAUUCUGCGAUCAGCGGGGUGAACACGAAUGAUGGUUUUCUGAGCAAAGACCACAGAGAGGUCUAUAAGCAAACUUCAAGCAGAUGUGGCAAACGAAAAAAGGUAGAAAGUGAAGGAGGCACAGACUGUGAAACUGCUUCUGUUAAUAAAGAGAAUGAUUUCCCCUUAAAGAAUGCAAAUGGAAUCAAAGAUAUUUCCCUUGACAAGCCCCUGGAUCUCUCAGAUAGGUUCUCAGGAUUGUGUCCUCAAGAAAAUCCUAGAAGCAAAAUGAAGCAACCUACCAUUGAGGAAACUUUAAAGUCAGGUGCCAGAAGUAAUUCAUCUAUGGGGCAGAAUUUUCAGGGGAUUUAUUUUCAAUCCAGGGAGGAAUCUUCACAUCAAACAGCAGAUCAUAAAGGUGCAAGGAAGGGAGACAGCUCUGAGAUCUGGGCACAAGAUGAUGAUGGAGUUGAGGAUGGUAGCCAACUGUUUGAGGAAAUGGAGGAAACUGGAGUCCAUAUGCCAAAAAGGCUUAGCAGAUCGGUGCACAGAGGUUGUAAGCAAGCAUCUGUACUACAGCCAAAUCCUCAUCUUAUUCAGUCCAGAGACACAGAGAAAGACGUGGCUUCUGUAGACAAUGUGCAGUGGAGCAUUGACCCAGGAGCAGAGCUUUCUCAGUAUAAAAUGGACAAUACUAUUGUUGAUGGCAAGGAUGGCUGCCACAUCAGUCCAGAGUUUGAAGAUAUGGAUUACACCUAUGUUGGUGAAAGUAUGCUGAUAAAGAUGAAAAAUCAGAACACAGAUGAAAAUGAGGAAAAUAAAGGACAUGAUAGUUUUGCUGAAAUGUUUGAAAAGACUGAAUGUGAUGAGUAUGUAUCAUAUGUCCAAGAAAAAAGCCUUUCCCAGAGGUCGGACUUUGAGGAAGGACCUGAUGGACCUACACGCCAUAAAAAAGCAUCCAUAAACGGAAGAGGAAAUCAAGGCAAAGGAGAAACUUACCAGAAGCAGAAGGCAUAUGUAGAGCCCUACGUGCAGGAUGCUGAGAGGAAAAGUUCUGUAGUAAACUUUCCUCAUAUUGAGGUUGUACGAAACAAGGAAGAGAGGAGGAAAUUGCUGGGACACACUUGUAAAGAAUGUGAAUUGUAUUAUGCAGACCUUCCAGAAGAAGAGAGAGCUAAGAAAUUGUCUGCCUGCUCCAGGCAUAGAUUUCGCUACAUUCCACCCAGUACGCCAGAGAACUUCUGGGAAGUGGGCUUUCCUUCUACGCAGACUUGCAAAGAAAGAGGUUACAUAAAAGAGCAGAUGUCCCCUUGUCAGAGACCUCGGAGAAGACAACCAUACAAUGCAAUAUUUUCCACAAAAGGCAAGGAACAGAAGACUUAAUACAUAUUGCUCCUACUUUUACCGUUUAGUCACAGACCAAAGUAGAUUUAGUUUUGAAUGUAUACAGUCAAGCAUUUUUACAUUUGCUUUUUAGUGCUUAUUAGCCACUGGCAAAUAAAGCUGUAUAUGUUUAAAUGAUAUUUAGACUUAAAUGUCUGUGUAGGUGUAAAUCCUAAAGACUGUAUAUAGGAUUUUUUUAUAUAAAACUUCAUUACUGCUGUAAUGUCAUGCAGUUUUCUGCAAAGCACACAGUUUGGUGAGAAUAGUAUACGGUUUAAUAAUGCUUGUUUUUUUUUUUUUUUUUUUUUUU